AUGGCAUUCGUCAAGGCAAUAAAGAACAAAGCCUACUUCAAGCGCUUCCAGGUCAAGUACCGCCGGCGCAGAGAGGGGAAGACGGACUAUGCUGCGCGGAGGCGUUUGACACUUCAGGAUAAGAACAAGUACAAUGCCCCUAAGUAUCGCUUCGUUGUGCGCGUGACCAACACGCGUGUGCUCUGCCAAGUGAUGUACGCCACGAUGCAAGGGGACCGGCUAGUAUGCAGCGCAGAUUCUAAGGAGCUUACUCGCUACGGGAUUAAGGUUGGACUGACCAACUACUCGGCGGCAUAUGCAACUGGUUUACUUCUUGCUCGGAGGCUUCUGAAGCAGAAGGGAUUGGCCGAUGAAUUCGUUGGUGUUGAAAAGCCCAACGGCGAGGAGUUCCACAUUGAGGAGACGUCCGAGGAGCGUCGCCCCUUCAAAUGCGUGCUGGAUGUAGGGAUUGUUUCUACUACCGUUGGUAAUCGGGUUUUCGGUGCCAUGAAAGGGGCCUGUGACGGCGGUCUUCACAUCCCCCACAGCAACAAACGAUUCCCUGGCUUCACCAAAGGUGAGGACGGCGCUGAGGACUCAUACAAUCCUGAAGUCCACCGCUCGCGGAUUUACGGGCUUCAUGUCGCCGAGUAUAUGCGCACCCUCAAGGAGGAGGACCCAGAACGAUAUCAAUCUCAAUUCUCUGCAUACAUCCGCAAUAAAGUAGACGCCGAUAGCAUUGAGAAGAUGUACCAGGAAGCGUUCCAAAAGAUCCGCGCCAACCCAGAUCCCGUAAAGAAGGAGGCAAGGGAAGUCAAGAGAGUUCGCCAGGGAGCCAUGAUCAAAACUGCAAAGUCGCAGUACGUGCGCAACGUCAAGCUUGACAAGGAAACAAGAAAGGCGCGCGUAUUGAAGAAGAUCCAAAUGGUGGCAGAGAAGAUGGCAGAGGAUGAAUGA